CGUUACGGGAGGAGCCGCCGCGAUACCGCGGGAAAAUGAUCAUCCCGGUGAGGUGUUUCACGUGCGGCAAAAUCGUUGGGAACAAGUGGGAAGCUUACCUGGGCCUUCUGCAAGCGGAGUACACGGAGGGAGAUGCCCUGGAUGCCCUUGGUUUGAAGAGAUACUGCUGUCGCAGAAUGCUCCUAGCCCACGUGGAUCUGAUUGAGAAGCUUCUGAAUUAUGCUCCUCUUGAGAAAUGAGAUGGAAAAGAUAAACCACGAGACAUGUGGAUGAUAUCUCUAAUAUUGAGCAUGAAACUGGACUUCAGGGGUUAAACAAUACUAGCCCUCAAAAUGCACUGCAUCCAUUCAGAUUUUAUUUUCUGAACAAAAUACCAACAUCAUCCACUAACCUUUCAGAGAAACCAGUGAAAGAGGAAGUCUACUUCAUCAGGAAUUGGA